ACUAGUGACGACCGUGGAUCGGGAAGUAUAGCGCCAUAAACACCGUACAGAUGUCAGUAGGAAUGGUCUAAACACCCAAGAGCGAACUGGUAUUUUUUGUGAGUUUGUAGAUAAUCACUCUUCACCAAAUGACGAACUGAAAAGGGGUCUGUUUGUCAACUCCCACUGAGAAGAAUGAAGGGGUUAUUCCUGGUAGAGCCACUGGUAGCCUUCUAUUCCUUCGCCAGUUUCCUGGUCUACCCCUUGGUACAACAGUAUGUGUACAGGAGACUAUGGCAGGAGCUGACCAACACCACCUACCCUGUCUCUGACAACACCUCACGCUGCGAUCCUUCCAACACCAGCAGCCACCAUGAGGAGGUCCAGAAGGCGGCGUCUCUCUUCUCCCUCUACACCGAGCUCUUCUCCAUGAUCCCCUCCCUGGCAGUCACCCUCAUCCUCGUCGCCUACAGCGACCAGCGCGGACGCAAGAUCACCAUCAUCCUUCCUCUGAUUGGCUCUCUGUUCUACGUCCUGUCUUUCCUGGCCGUCUCCUUCUUCGAGCUCGACCUCUACCUCCUCAUCGUCUCGUCAUUCGUCAGCGCCCUGUUCGGGGGCUCGGGGACGUUCCUGGGUGGUUGUUUCUCGUACAUCGCUGACCUGUGUGAGGACGGACAGCAGAAGACCCUGCGUAUGGCCGGGGUGGACAUGGUGAUCGGCCUGCUGUCUGGAGUGGCCUCUCUCUCUACGGGAUACUUCCUCCAAGCAGCAGGUUUCAACUGGCCCUUUUUCACCUCUGCUCUGUUCCACUGUUUCAACCUGCUCUACGCCGUCUUCAUCCUGGAGGAGACGCUCCAACGACCUCCAGAUGACCCCCUGGACGGAUCUCCGCGCCGCACCGCCAUGCGUCAGCUGGCCUGCGGGGUCUACCAGUUGUUUGCAGGGGCCAGCAGGAGGCGCAAUAUCCUCCUGGUGCUCCUCUUGCUCCUCUUCUCCUCCUUCUCCUUCGCCAACAUGGGCGGGCUCUCCAUGAUCACGCUGUACGAGCUCAACCAGCCGCUGUGCUGGACCGAGAUCCUGAUUGGCUACGGCUCGGCGCUGUCCACCACGGUGUUCCUGACCAGCUUCGUGGGCGUGACGGUGUUCUCUCGCUGCGGCGUGCCCGACCUCGUCAUCAUUCUCAUAGGGAUCCUGAGUGUCAUGGUGGGUAUGACCCUGGUAGCCUUCGCCAAGACCACGCUCAUGAUGUUCCUGGUGAGGCUUCCAAUGCUGCUGGCUAUCAUGCCGUUCCCCGUGCUGAGAUCCAUGAUGUCAAAGAUCGUAUCAAAGAACGAGCAGGGAGCGUUGUUUGCGUGCUUGGCGUGCCUGGACAGUGUGAGCAUCAGUGUGGCGAUAGCUGUGUUCAGUAGUCUCUACGCUGCCACGGUAAACUGGUACCCUGGAUUCUGCUUCCUGUUGUCUGCUGGACUCUGUGUCAUCCCCUUGGCAAUGCUAGCGGGUGUGGGGCUGCUGGGAGUAGAAGAAGGUAAAGAGGCCAAGGAGACGGAGGCCCUCAUCCCUGGAGAGGAAGGUCUCGCUGGGGACGAGAACGACAAUCCUCCCCUCACCUGAGACUGGAGUCCCGGAGUGGGAAGACAGGAAACUGGUGCACGUUUCACUUUUCUCUCUCUGUGUCAACGUCUGUUCUGACAGACAGAGCUACACUCUUAAUCCUCUGAGUAUAAAGCCAUCGGAGAGAUAGGAUUACCUCAGGUCAACUGCUCUGCUAUAAAGCCCUUUAGGAAAUAUGCACUAUUAGCAUGCGUGUCACCUACUUACAACCUUGGAAGUACUUUCAUUAAUAAGCAUGGCCAGAAACAUUUUUAAAGGAAAUACAAUGUGUGAAUAUGUGCCAUGUUUAACUAUGUUAAAAAAAAAUAAUAUGUUUUCAGAGGUAUUCAAAUCCUACCCUACGAGGUCCUGAUUCCUGUUGGUUUUCUGUUCUACUUGAUAAUAAUUGCACCCACCUGGUGUCCCAGGUUAGAGGUGUAACUAUGGGAGAAAAGCAAUGGAACUGGCUUCCAGGUCUCUACUGUAUAUAGGGCACUACUUUUGACCUGAUCCCUAUGCGCCCUGGUCUAAAGUAGUGCACUAUAUAGGGAAUAGGGUGCCAUA